AUGCUCCGCCUCCGCACGUCCCUCCGCUCCCCGUCCCCGCUCGCCGCCCUGCGAAAUCACCCGCGCCCGCGGCGCACCUACGCUGGCGCAGCGCCGCACAAAAAGCAGCAAGACCCAUGGCAGCAGUUCGAGGCCGUGCAGAAGGAGCACGCGCGCAUCCUCCAGGUCGUCCAGUUCAAGGUCGCGCUCGCCCGACAGACGUUUGACGAGGUGCGCUUUGAUUCACGCGCCCGCGCCCAUUCGACGUUUCUCACAGGCGCACAGCAUAGCGAUGCGCCGAAGAGCGACACCCGGCUGUCCAAGCUGCUUAAAAACAGCGGGCCCCUCACGCGCGCCUGGCAGCGCUGGCUCACCGUACACAAGUCGCUCGACGAGAACCGCGCCCUCCUCGCCCUCCCCGACCUCAAAGAGCUCGCCGAAGACGAGCAGUCCACCCUCCUUGCCGACCUCUCCGCCCUCCUCACGCGCGACUUCCCCGCCCUCCUCGUGCCCCCGCCCAGCACAGGCGCCAUGUCCGCCCUCAUCGAGCUCAAGGCCGGCGUCGGCGGCUCCGAGUCCUCGCUCUUCUGCGCGGACCUCCUGCGCAUGUACACGCGCUACGCGCACGCCCGCGGAUGGGCUCCCGCCGUCGUGUCCGCCAACGCAAGCGAGCAGGGCGGGUUCAAGGACGCCAUACUCGAGAUCACGGGCGCCGGCGCGUACGAGGCCCUGCGCGCGGAGAGCGGCGUGCACAGGGUCCAGAGAGUUCCCGCGACAGAGUCGAGCGGCCGCGUGCACACCAGCACCGUCGCCGCAGUGGUGCUCCCGCUGUCCGAAGACGCAGAGGCGGAAAAGGAGGACGACCUGUUCAACAUGGACGACGUGCGCAUCGAAGUCAUGCGCGCCCGCGGCGCAGGAGGACAGCACGUCAACAAAACAGAAUCCGCCGUGCGCCUCACGCACGUCCCCACCGGCAUCACCGUCUCCAUGCAAGACGAGCGCAGCCAGCACCAGAACCGCCGCCGCGCCUUCCAAGUCCUGCGCGCGCGCCUGAUGGACCAGAAGCUCAUCCGCGAACAAGCCGAACGCCGCGCCGCGCGGCGCAACCUCGUGCGCACCGCCGACCGCAGCGAGAAGAUCCGGACGUACAACUACCCGCAGGAUCGCGUGACGGACCACCGAGUGGGGAAGCUCAACACGACGUGGGGCUCUGUCAUGGAGGGCGACGCGCUGGAGGACAUCGUGCUCGCGUUGAAGGAGCGCCAGAGGCUGGACGCGCUCGAGGAGGUCCUCGCCGAGGCCGAGGAGAUGGCGGCUGAGAUGUCGUGA